ACCCGAUAGGUUUGCUAAAAGUAAACAAUCUGAUAUUAUUUUAGGGUGAUAAGUGAUAAGAACUCACUGCUCUGCACUGGAUUCCACUCCAUUUCAAAAUGGAGGGCAGCCACUGGCUGAACUGGUGUCGCCUGUGCGCCAAGGAUGACGCCCAUGGCAAUGUGAAGGUGCAAAUGAGUGGGAACUCGCAGGGAACCUGGGACAAUGUUCUUAUAAUGGCAAUUCGAAAGUACUUUGAGGUGCACAUGGCAAUGGAGGACGAGCUGAGCAACGUACUGUGCACCGAGUGUUAUACACUUAUCAGCGAACUAAUCGAUUUCGCCGAGCAUGUUCAAAAAGUUCAAGCCAUUUUCCAGGUCCUGCGUCGCACGGAAUCGGAACCCGGGAAGUAUCUGAAUGCGGCUGAGCUGCGUCAGCAGUAUGGACUUUGCGAGGGCGACUGGACGCACAUCAUUAAGCCCAUGCAGGUUCAAGAAAUUGACUCUGGCCAGGAUGCCAGCGAAACCCUCCAGAAAGAAGCCAAAGUAUUAAACGAAUCUCCUUCAGCGGUGGAUACAUGCCUGGAAAGCGAAAUAUCAGAGAAGGAAACAACUCCUCACCCAACUGAAAUCCAAAACAGCCUGCCAACUGAGAUACCCAAACAGGAAUUCAUUGACAUCGGUCCCAAUCUGUUAGAGAAGAACACAAAUCAGCUGGACAUGGACGAUGUGCUAGUUGAAAUGCCUGAAGGGGAGCUAUCCGAAUCCCGCGUGGAUGGUACAGCCUCUCCCGUUUUCCAGGAGCAGGAUGUCAAACCAGAAAUGUUGGACAGCUUUGACGAAUUCCUGCCCGAAGGAAGCCAGCAAAUGAAUCUCGUCGUUUUGACAGCCGCACCAAAUACCCCAGACUCCAGGGCAGAGGAAAAGACCAAACGGGGACGCAUGAAUUGCGAGAGAUGUGGCAAGAUAUACAGGAAUCGCGCCUCCUACGAGAAGCACUUGGAACGCGCGUGCCGCAGGAUCGAGCGGCGGGUGAAAGUGGAGAAGGGAACUACCACCUGUGAUAUCUGCGACAAGAAACUGUCCUCCGCCACCGCCCUAAAGCACCACAAAGAGGGUAUACAUCAGAAUGUUAAGCCAUAUAUAUGCGAUGGUUGCGGCAAACAAUUGAAGACAAUUACUGCGCUAAAUGAGCACAAGCUUGUGCACACCGAUAACCGUCCAUUCGAGUGCACCGUUUGCAAGGCGGGCUUUAAGAACCGAUCUCGCCUGAAGGCCCACCAUCAAAUCCAUGCGGAGCCCAGUUUUGUCUGCAACAUUUGCGGCAAGAAGUUGCAAACGCGUCGCACCUGGAACAUGCACAAGCUGGUGCACAGCGAGGAGCGGCGCCUGAAGUGCGAUGUUUGCGGAGCGCUCUUCAAGCGCUCCAAGACCCUCAAGACCCACCUGCUAAGUCACACGGGAUUGCGACCUUACGUUUGCAACUAUUGCGGCAAGUCCUUCGCCUGCAACGCCAACUGCAGGUCGCACAAGCUCAAAAAACAUCCGCAGGAAGUUCAGCAGGAGGAUGGCGCAAAGCUCUCCUCGCGCUUGAAUGUCCCCACGCUGGAAGAACUUCGUGUUAUGACCCAAAAACUACCGAAGGGAACAGUCUAAGAUGGUUUAUUUUAAGAAAGAAAAAUGUUUUAAUAUUGUUUAACUUUACACAAAUGAAAUCUCAAUAUGAGAUUAAACAGAAGAUGUAUGAUAAGGAUCAUAAAGUAACUUUACUGACUUAUUUUAA